AUGAAUGCAGCUGGAAACAACAGACGUCGUCAGUGUAAUCUCCGUCGUCAACAGGAUAGAGAUGAGAUAAGACAGCAGGCACAGGCAGAGCUCAUGGCAGCUGGAAUGCAGCCUCCACAGGUGCCUCACAUUCCUAAUGAACCUGCUCCUCCUGUUCUUGCUCCUGCCCCCCUUGCUCCUGCCCCUGCUCCUGUAUAUGGCCCUAUUCAUUACGAGGGUGCAGUUGGUCCUCACAACUUUGAAAAUCCCCUCCAUUACUUUCUACCCAAUCCUAUACCACCUCCGCCUCCUGAACAUAAUUAUCAUCAAUUUAAUGUUCAGUUUCAGCAUCAUUUGGAGGAGGAGCGGAUUAGAAAUGAUUUGCUUCAGAGACAAGCACAGGAGGAAUUUCAUGGACAGCAGAUCCAGCAGCAAUUCCAGCAGCAGGAAGCUGAACGUAUUCGUAGACAAGCUCAAGAAGAGUUGGAGGCCUUUCACAUGCAGCAGCAGGAAGCUGAGAGGCAUAAUAGACAAGAUCUGGAUAUUCAGCGAGCAGGUCAACAAGCAGAAGAGCGCCAACGCCACCAGGAGCAGAGGAAUCGUGAGCAACAGGAGCAUCUUGAAGAGGCAUUGCGUGAAUAUGAUAAUCCCGCUGUAGGGAUUCAUUUCUGGCUGGGCUUGCAGAGACUGUUUUUACCUUAG